AUGUCGAAUCGCUCACCACGCUCGCAAUGUAUCACGCCGAAAACUUCUGAAUCACCUUCCCACUUGGAUUCCUCUUCAAUCGCUGCGAGAGCCUCGGAACGCGAUCCCCAUGAACCGGACAUGCCAAUGUCACCUGCAUCAGACCGUAGUUCCCCACGUCCUCCUUUGUGGCCACAACAUAAACGUUCUCUUGGUAUCGAUGUUCCUGGUGCUGUACGAAGCAUCAUCACGCCGAAAACAAGGAGUGAACUUACCUAUGACAGUAAAUUGGUGAUCUUAAUGGUUGGCUUACCGGCGCGUGGCAAAAGUUACAUUGUCAAAAAGCUUCGACGUUAUCUCAAUUGGUUGCAAUACGAAACCAAGGUUUUCAAUGUGGGCAAUCUCCGUCGAGUCAACCAAGCAUCACAAAACCAAGUGCAGUCAGCAACGUUCUUUGAUCCAGACAACAGUGAAAUGAAGAAUUAUCGUGAUCAUUUGGCACUUGAAGUAUUGGAGAAUUUAUUGGAUUGGCUCAAGGAAGGGGGGCGAGUGGCUAUCCAUGAUGCUACCAAUUCCACCAUUGAACGAAGAUACUUGCUGUUGAACAGGCUUCGUGACUUUCCACACAUCAAGGUCUUGAUCUUGGAAUCGGAGUGCAAUGAUACAAAGAUCUUGGAGCGUAAUUUUCGACUAAAGUUGCUCGGUCCCGAUUACAAGGAUAAGCCAGCUGCCACUGCUCUCGCCGAUUUCAAGUCGCGUGUGAACAAUUAUGAAAAGGCGUAUCAACCCGUGGGCGAUUGGGAAGAAGAAAACAACAUUGCCUAUUGUAAAAUCAUGAAUGUGGGCAAAAAGGUCAUUGCGUACAACAUUUCUGGUUACCUAUCGGGUCAAUGUGUCUUUUAUCUUAUGAACUUUAAUCUUGAAGAUCGACAAAUUUUCCUAACCCGGCACGGUGAGAGUUUGGAUAAUAUUCAGGGUCGCAUUGGUGGGGAUGCACCGCUAUCUCCAUCAGGUGAAAAGUAUGCAAGUGCACUUUCCACAUUUAUCAAGGAACAACGAGUACGUUUUGCAUUGGAAUUGGUACGACAACGACAUGAACAAGAGGAAACUUGGGUAUCCCAUGGAUUGGAACCGCUUGAAGCUGGCAACCUCUUAAGGUCAAGUACACCUGAACAAGCAUUCCAUGAAAAGGCAGCAUCCAUUUCAAGUCGACAAUUCGCUGUUUGGACAAGCAUGUUGCAACGUUCCAUGCAAACCGCCAAAUACUUUGAUCCAGACGAGUAUGAUAUCAAGCACAUUCGAUUUCUUAAUGAGAUCAACGCUGCUGGAUGCGAGGGAAUGACCUAUCCGGAAAUUGAAAGCAAGUUUCCCAAAGAAUAUGCAGCUCGACAAGCAAACAAACUUUACUAUAGAUAUCCAGGCAUUGGCGGCGAGUCAUAUCUCGACGUUAUCCAUCGUACACAACCCAUGAUCGUGGAACUUGAACGUAUGCGAGAAUCAUGUCUUAUUAUUACCCACCGAGUUGUCAUGCGCAUCCUACUUGGUUAUUUGAUGGAUAGAACUCAACAAGAAAUGCCUCAUAUGGAUAUCCCAAUGCACACUCUAUUUGAAGUACGGCCUAAACCAUAUGGCAACGAGUUGAGAAUAUGGAAAUACGACCAAGAAGAAGACACGUUCAAGCGAGUGCAAUGA